GGUAAGGAGCUCUCUGCUUUCUCCAGCUGCUCCCACCUCAAUGGCUUCCCUCCAUUCACUUCAUGGCCCUUUGUCCAUCUACAGUUGCCUCCUGGACAGCAAAGCUGAGGACUCCUUUUCAACCUUUGUGUUGCCGGGAGACGGGCGGGAGCCAGACAAGCUCAGGUUUGACCUGGAUGCCUUUCGUUUCUAUGGAGAUGAGCAUUCCUUGAUUUUCAUCACCUGUCACCUGAAAGUUGCGGCAGUGGAUCAGGGAGAUUCCAGGAACAAAGCUUGUACUUUCUGGAAGCUGGAGAAUAUGUGUGGAGCUGGUUGUGAUGGUGACCCUGACUGUGACAGUGGUAUGUCUGAUCUCUGCUUCAUUGCUGGCCUUGGUCCUGUACAGGAAACACAAGCGAACACCCAUCAACUUGAGAUGACAUCGUCAAUAAAGCAGUGAUUCAGUGUC